GCUGCAGGCUGCUGGAAGUCGCCCGACCCGAGCGUCCGGCCAUGCAGUGCCUGGGGCUCGGGCGCCGGAGCCCCUCCCGGGAGCUCUACCUGCAGGAGCAGAGCCUGAAGGUGGCUGCGCUCAAUGGGCAGAGACUGGGUCUGCAGGAUGAUAAGGACCUCCUGGCCCUCCUGAAGGGCAGUCAGCUCCUCAAGGUGAAGUCCAGCUCAUGGCGGAGAGAACGUUUCUACAAAUUACAGGAGGACUGCAAGACCAUUUGGCAGGAGUCCCGCAAAGUCAUGCGGAGCCCAGAGUCCCAGCUCUUCUCCAUCGAGGACAUCCAGGAUGUGCGGAUGGGGCAUCGUACGGAGGGCCUGGAGAAGUUUGCCCGCGAUGUGCCCGAAGAGCGCUGCUUCUCCAUCGUUUUCAAGGACCAGCGCAACACACUGGACCUCAUAGCGCCGUCCCCCCAAGAGGCCCAGCACUGGGUGCAAGGCCUGCGCAAGAUCAUCCAUCACUCGGGAACCAUGGACCAGCGACAGAAGCUACAGCACUGGAUUCAUUCCUGCUUGCGAAAAGCUGACAAGAACAAGGACAAUAAGAUGAGCUUUAAGGAGCUGCAGAACUUCUUAAAAGAGCUUAACAUUCAGGUGGAUGACAGCUACGCUCGCAAGAUCUUCAGGGAAUGCGACCACUCCCAGACCGACUCACUGGAGGAUGAAGAGAUCGAAACCUUCUACAAGAUGCUCACGCAGCGGUCGGAGAUCGACCGCACCUUUGCCGAGGCCACAGGCUCUGCGGAGACCAUGUCGGUGGAUCAGCUAGUGACGUUUCUGCAGCACCAGCAGCGGGAGGAGGCAGCGGGGCCAGCCCUGGCCCUUUCACUCAUUGAGCGCUACGAGCCCAGUGAGGCUGCCAAGGCCCAGCGGCAGAUGACCAAGGAUGGCUUCCUCAUGUACCUGCUGUCCGCUGACGGCAGCGCCUUCAGCCUGGCGCACCGGCGAGUCUACCAGGAUAUGAACCAGCCACUUAGCCACUACUUGGUGUCCUCCUCACACAACACUUACCUGCUGGAAGACCAGAUUACUGGGCCCAGCAGCACUGAAGCCUACAUCCGGGCACUCUGCAAAGGUUGUCGCUGCCUGGAACUUGAUUGCUGGGAUGGGCCCAACCUGGAGCCCGUUAUCUACCACGGCUACACAUUCACCUCCAAGAUUUUCCUCUGCGACGUUCUCAGGGCCAUCCGGGAUUAUGCUUUUAAGGCCUCCCCGUAUCCAGUCAUCCUGUCUCUGGAGAACCACUGCAGCCUGGAGCAGCAGCAUGUGAUGGCUCGACACCUUCGCACCAUCUUGGGUCCUCUGCUCUUGGACCGUCCGCUGGAAGGCGUCACCAGCAGCCUGCCUUCCCCGGAGCAACUGAAGGGGAAGAUCUUGCUGAAGGGGAAGAAACUGGGGCGGCUUGUGACCCCUGAAGAGGAGGCAGGCCCAGAGGCCACUGUCUCGGAUGAAGAUGAGGCUGCGGAAAUGGAGGAUGAGGCCGUGAGGAGCCGGGUGCAACAUAAAUCCAAGGAGCACAAGCUGAGACUGGUGAAGGAGCUGUCUGAUAUGGUUAUUUACUGCAAGAGUGUCCACUUUGCGGGCUUCUCCAGCCCUGGCACCCCCGAACAGGCCUUCUAUGAGAUGGUGUCCUUUUCCGAGAACCGAGCUCUCCGCCUGCUCCAGGAAUCCGGAAAUAGCUUUGUCCGCCACAAUGUGAAUCACCUGAGCAGGAUCUACCCUGCUGGGAGGAGGACAGACUCAUCCAACUAUCAUCCGGUGGACAUGUGGAACGGGGGCUGCCAGAUCGUGGCCCUGAACUUCCAGACGCCAGGACCUGAGAUGGACGUGUACCAGGGGCGCUUCCAAGACAAUGGAGCCUGCGGGUAUGUGCUGAAACCUGCCUUCCUGCGAGAUCCCAGCUCCACCUUCAACCCACAUGCCUUGGUUCCGGGGCCCUGGUGGACGAGGAAGCGGCUCAGUGUCAGGGUCAUCUCGGGGCAACAGCUGCCCAAAGUCAACAAGAGCAAGAACUCCAUAGUGGAUCCCAAGGUGACUGUGGAGGUCCACGGCGUGGGCCGUGACGUGGCAAGCUACCACACACCCGUUGUUACCAAUAAUGGCUUCAACCCGUGGUGGGACAAGCAGUUUGAGUUCGAAGUGACUGUCCCCGAGCUUGCCCUCGUUCGCUUUGUGGUGGAGGAUUACGACGCGUCAUCCAAGAACGACUUCAUUGGCCAGAGCACCAUCCCCCUGAACAGUCUCAAGCAGGGAUUCCGCCAUGUCCAUCUCUUGUCGAAGAAUGGAGACCAGCACCCAUCUGCUACCCUCUUUGUGAAGGUGUCUGUGCAGGACUGCUAGGUGUGGGAGUUCGGUGAGAGAAAUCCAGGCAUGACAGGUCGUGGGUCCGUGCCUGGGAGUGGGACCCA